ACCAUGAUGAAACUUGUUUUAAACAUGUUCAUCAAAGAUUUUUGCCUAGUGUGUUCAUUUUUAAUGACCCGGAUGAACAUGAGAUUUCAUUGACGUCAUCAGUGCACAAAAAUGGCAGAAUCGGAGGAGGAGGAUGUCUUGGUCCAGAGAGUUGUCAAAGAUAUCAAUAACGCCUUCAAGAGAAAUCCCAAUAUUGAUGAGAUAGGUCUGAUCCUGUGUCCUGAGGCCAGGUACAACCGUAGCCCCAUCGUCUUGGUAGAGAACAAGUUGGGGGUGGAGAGCUGGUGUGUCAAGUUCCUGCUACCCUAUGUCCACAACAAACUACUGCUCUACAGGCAGCGCAAACAGUGGCUGGACAGGGAAGCUCUGGUGGACAUUACUUGCACUCUGCUGCUGCUCAACUCAGACUUUACCACUGCUUGGAAUGUCAGGAAGGAGCUGCUGCAAUGUGGCACCCUAAAUCCAGAGAGAGACCUGUACCUGGGAAAACUGGCCCUCACCAAGUUCCCCAAGAGCCCCGAGACAUGGAUACACAGGCGCUGGGUACUACAGCAGGUGCUACGGGAGUGUUCCUCCCCCAGCUCGGACAGGAAGGAGCAGCGUGACAGUGGCCUGCGUGACGCAGCAGAGAGGACUCGGCAUAGUGAGCGCCUCCACAGGGUUCUACACGACGAGAUGAAGGUAUGCGCCGACGCCGCCAGCCGCUACCCUAGCAACUACAACGCCUGGUCGCACCGUAUCUGGGUCCUGCAGAACAUGGCCCAGGGCAACCUGAAGGUCCUCCAUGAUGAGCUGUCCUCCAUGCGUGAGUGGGUCUCCAUGCAUGUGUCGGACCACAGUGGCUUUCACUACCGCCAGUUCCUGCUCAAGGCCUUGGUCAGGGAGCUCAGCCAAUCCAUGCACCACCACCAUGCCCCUUGGCCCAGCCCUGGCAGCUCCAGCCCUCGCAGUCCCAGCCCGGACCCCCAGCCAGGCCACCCCCACCACCAGGCUAACGGAGAGGCCACAGAAGCAGCCCCCUGCCUCUCUCCCGCCACCCCAGAGGACCAGUCCUCGGUGCCGGCUGUGCCCCAGCUGUUUCACCAGGAGAUGGAGCUGUGUACUGACCUCAUCCAGUCCUUCCCCGGACACGAGACACUCUGGUGUCACAGGCGACACGUCUUCUACCUUUGGCACCACUGGAGGCGGGACCACGAUCACCACGAUGGCCAGGGCUGUGGCAGUGAGUCUCCCCAGCUGAACCACACUGACGCUGGGCUGAGCAGCUACCCUCACACAGCUUCCCCGAGAGGAGUGGGUCUAGCCAGGGUGGAGAGCAGGAACGGACAGACUCAGGAGGGUCAGAAUGCCAUGGAGGUGGACGGGGUCGGGGUCUCAGACCCCUGCGACACUAAGCGUCUGAAGCGGGGUCCCCCUGACUCCUGCCCCCCCGCCCUGCCCUCAGAGCACGGUUUCAUAGCCAGCGUCCUGGACGGCUGCCGCUCCCACGAGCAGGGAUGCUUCGCCCUUGCAUACAGGAAGUGGCUAGACUCUGUGAUUGGUCAGUGAGAGAUGGACGGACAAGGUCAUUGGUCAUUGGUCAGUGAGAGGAGACGCUUCCUACUCCACAGGAGAUGGGUUACGGUUUAAAUUUGCCCCUCUGGCACAGAUCUAGGAUCAGCUUACUCUCACCCAAUCCUUAACCUUAACCAUUAGGGCAAGAACUGUAAAAUACUGUCCCUAGAUCAGCGUCUAGUGGCUGGUAACAUUAUGCUCAUCUUGAAGGCUCUGGAAGGGGGCUGGGAGAUCUCAAAGUUAUUUGUGGCCCCUCCCGUCUUCCUGGAAAUGCCUGGACUCUGAUUCGUCGGCAGAGCUUUGUCUGAACCAAUCCCCCUUUCAGAAUGGAAAUCUGAGUGUGGCUUUGCUCUGAGUCGUUUCACCUCAAAACACAAGAAAGAGGACCACCAGAUUGUUCUGAAAUUGUUUCUGUAGUUGGUAAGAGGAGAUACAAUUAGCAUUCCUGUAACAUUAUUUUGUUGAAAUAUUAAGCUAAUUGAUGUCAUCCAAAUUUACAAGAUUCAGAUUGUAGUCAAACAUCUUCCUACCAAUGCAUCCCCCAAAAGAUGUCAAAGACCACCCACAGACCCCCUACACCCCAUGCCAAUCCCACCCCAACAACCAGUAUACAGUAUCAGCUGUCUAUGUUUGACAAGUAGUCUGAAGCUGUGGCUUGGAGUAUUGCUUCUCCAUACUAAGUAAUGUAUUCCAUGUGCAUCUGGUGAUGUUUCUUUCCUCCCUGUUCAGAGAAAUUAGUAAUUAAAGUGGCUUGCAUUGGUUGUUAAGAAACAAAAGUGAAGCUUGCGCAACUAUGGGGAAAAACAGACCUGUUUGGCUUAGAUUGUUGACAACAUGUGAACUAUAUUUAGUCUCCAAAUGUUUGUUGAACACAUAAAUACAUUUUCACAAUGAGCACUCUCAAAUACAUUGUUACAGUUGUUAGUUAGCAUUUUUUUGCCAUAUUAGCAUUGACAUGAAAUAAUUC